GAACACAGUCAGAGGACACACUAAGAGAUGUUGCUCCUGGGAUUUGUAGUGUUACUGGCCACACUUGAGCAGACAGAUUCUACUUCGUGUUAUGCUGGUAUAAAUGGAGACCCCCCAAAAUGUUCUACCUGUGGAGGAACGUGUACUGCAGGCACUGGGUGUAAGUGCUUAAGUAAUACCUCUUUUUGCCUGCCUGAUGCUGGUACAUGUCCCAUGAAUUCUUCAGUGUGCUGUCUGUCUGGCCUGUCCUGGAACCAAGACCUUGCAUGCUGUGUAGAGGAACCAUAUUGCAGCCCAGCAUGUCUGUCGGAUGAGAUCUGUAUGUUGGUCAAUCAAAGUUCCACCUGUUCAGUGAAUACAACCUUCUAUCAAAACCAGAACCUAAGUGUGUAUAAUGUGACAGGUACUGUGGAAUGCAAAGGCUCCAACAUGACAGUGUCCUUGAACAAGAAUUUGCUGGAUGCUCUUUACUACAAAUCAUUCUCUUCCAGCCUGUUAGAUCCCAGCUGUACAGGAGGUAAUGUGACCCUCUUGAAUGGACAGCGUUUGUACUCAGUGAUUGUUCCAAGCAGCUUUGGCUCCUGCGGCAAUAGGAUGUCGAAAAACACAACCCAUGUGACAUAUACAAAUACACUUCACAUUUAUAAAAAUUCUGGAAUUGUGACCUUGAGCAAUUUAAGUAUCCAGUUCUCCUGCACCUAUAAUCUGACAAUGCAAUCUGCUCUAGUAACGGUGUUAAAACCUGUCAUGAGUUCACAGGAUGUAAGCACAGGGACUUCAGAAGGUGGUGCUACAACAACCAUUGCAGCAUAUGUUAACCCAUCCUAUACUCAGCCCUUACCGCAGACAGAACAGCAGCAAUUGCCGGUGGGAUCCACCUUGUAUUUUGGGAUGUCCACCCAGUUCCUAGAUCCAGCUUUUGUACUUAGGGUGGAUUCAUGCUUUACUACUCCAACCAGUGAUGGAAGCGGCCCCAUUAAAGUGCAGCUGAUCAAAGGAGGGUGUUCUGCAAAUCAGGGGCCAUACAUUGAGGUUGUAGAAAAUGGAAAGUCUAAAGAGGUCAGAUUCAGCAUUGUUUCCUUCGCCUUCAAAGGCUAUGACAAUGUCUACAUCUUCUGUGACGCCCGCUUGUGCAACGCAGCAUCAGGGAGCUGUUCUGGGUGCUCAGCUUCUCGUGAGGCAUCAGAUGUUUUACCAACUUCACAGUUUUCACUAGGACCUUUUGCAUUCCAAGAUAUUGAAAAUUCCGGUUCUUAUACAGCUGUGUCGCUUGCUGUGCUGGUGGGCAGCCUCCUGAGCCCUUGGAUCCUCUGAUACUCCUCCAAUCUCACUUGAGAUGAGAAGGCUGUGCUCAUUUUUCUAAUGAUAUGGACAGUCUUUUAAACAACCUCUAUCAUCAGUUUUUCUCCAUCCUUUCAUCUGCCCUGCGUGCUUGUCGUUGAUUUUUAAUUUGUUGUAUGACAUGUUUAGCAAAUGCAGUAGAACGUUUCCUACAUGUAUCUAAAUUACAACAUAUUCGAAAGCACAGAUUGGUUUUUGUUUUAAAAAAAUCAAAGAUCCAACAACUGACAAUUUUCUCUAGCAAAAAAACUAAUAAAUGUAGAUUUCUAAAUUAAUGGAUAUAAAAAAUGUAAACUUUUAAAUCAAGCUUAUAUAAAUAAACUAUGCUUUUCUAUAUCAAUUUGCAAAUAUACAACAUGGCUUUGAUUGGUUUUAGCCAUCUGAUGGGUUUGAUGAUAAAAACAGGCUUAUAUGUGGCAGCCCUAACCAGGAACUAAAACGUCAACCUUGGUUUAAAUGCCCUGCUGUCUUUUAUCCGUUUGCUAAUAUUAUGAUUAUAGACCUUUAUAAACAUUAUCAUUUUCAAAUAAAAA